GGCGAAGGGCAGAGCGCGGCGGCGGGACGGGAGCGGCGGCUGAGGACAAGCAGCCAUGGCUGGCCAUGACUCGGGAUCUCAACACCAGUUCACUGGAUUUCAGAAGUACUUCAAUUCCUAUACCAUCACAGGCAGGAGGAACUAUGUAAUAGCAACAUACACAGGUGUUGCAAUGCUCAUCUUGUAUUUCAAGCUUAGACCUAAAAAGAAAACUCCUGCUGUGGCAGAUAAGUAAAUGGUUGCUGGCAUGUCUGAACCUCCAAUCUAUGUCAGUGUAAUGCAAGCUGAUGACCUCUUGUGGCUAAUAAAAUAUAAAUAAUUACUUGUUUUAUUGGAAAUAUGAAGUCGUGCAAAAAAGCAUAAAUGUGACACUUUGCUUUUUUUUCCCUCUGUCAAAAAAUAGUUAUUUGUAAUGGAGAUGGAGUAGCUGAUUCCUGUCAUUACUAUCUUAACUAAACUCUUCGGCUGUUAUAACACAUCCUAAAGUGUUCUAAGCACCUGGUAGUAACCUAGGAAAGACAGCAGCAGCAUAAUACCAGCACAGAGCUUAGAGCUGAUCAAAGCAUCUCCACACUUCCAUGUCACAGUGGAUAACAGUAAGCUUACGUGGUUUGCAGUUACCUGGUUGCUCCCAUUUUUUACAUUCCAAGCUAGUAGCUUACAUGGAAACAGUGACUUCUUUGCUAUUAUUAAUACAAUGCAGAUUACAACUUCUGCCUCAGUUGUCCAUAUUUUGCAUAGAAUCUGUUUGGUUUUGAUGGAAAACCUCCCAAAAUAGACUGAUCAAAUUAUAGUAUUUGAGCUUUUUCUGUUACUGGCCUCUCUUGCAGAGGUAACUGCCAGAAAGAAAAUGGCUUACUUUGCUGAUGUUAAGCUCUGGUAACUCUGCAUGUUCAUGAACAGUGACAUAAGUAGUUCAGUGCUUAUUUUUCCUGGACAUAGCCUCUUAAUAAAUGAGGUGUUCCUACCACAAUUAGAUAUAUGCAGCCCCCUCCCUGCCCAACACUAGAACUCAUCUAUCAUGUCCACCACAGUGUCUUUCUAUAUCUCAAUUAACACUCAGUACCUUCCUUAAAUGUCACAUUAGUGCUGGUGUGUGAAUGUGAUUAUACAGCACUGUGCUUCUUGGAAGGGUGCCACAGCAGGGGUUGAACCUGGGACUUCUGAUGCUAAAGCACACAAAUACACUUCCCAAACUGAGGGCAGCAGGAGGUAGGCAGGGUUGCUGGAAAAAAAGGAGAGAGAAAUUACAGGGUCUUUGUGCUCUCUCACUCUAGUUCAUGUAUUCUUAAAGCCAUUUGUACAUGCUGGGCCUUCUGAAUAAAUCUAGUCGUCUUCCUCUCCUA